GGCGAACGUGAGUCAGUUUGUCAGGCAGCUGGCAAAGGAGAAGGCUGCGCAGACUUUUCCCUUUCCCUGCAUCCCCAGCACUGCACAGAAGGAACCGCUCUAUUGGAUUUUAAAAUAAAGAAACUAAAGAAAAUUAAAUAAAAUUUCGCCAGGCACUCUACCCAAUGUGAACAGUAAAAAAGAGGCAUUAUAGAAGAGAAAACAGCAGAGAGAUGGGAGCGUUCAGGCUGCUGCUGGGGAGUUUACAUUACCUGGGACUCUAUCUGCAACUUAGUGUCUCCACAAGGCAGACUGCACACCGAGACAUGGAGAACCACAUCUCUGGGAACGCCAUGUUUACUGAGGUUCCCCAUGAUAUGACUGCCCAGAGAGGUCAGGAUGUGGAGAUGGCCUGUUCCUUCAGAGGAGCAGGGACACCAUCCUAUUCUCUGGAGAUUCAGUGGUGGUACAUCAGGAACCAUUUGGAUGGAACGGACCGCCAACCCUGGACAACUAACGAGGUGGCUCCUGUGGAGGAAACGCCAAAGGAUGCUACAAAGAUAAGUGUUGUGAAGGUCGUUGGCAGCAACAUCUCCCACAAACUCCGCCUCUCCAGGGUCAAAACGUCCGAUGAAGGGACCUACGAAUGCCGCGUGAUCGACUUCAGUGACGAAGGUGGCGCCCGUCACCACCGGGUCAGAGCCUACCUGCAGGUGGUGCCAGAAAGCGACGUUGUCAACUCCGAACACAACGGCAACUUUGAGGCCAUGGACGACACCAAGAGGGGAGCAUUGGUUGUUGACAGAGAGUUGCAUGGCGGAGCCAGGGAGCACAGCCAUCACCAGAACCACGGGCACCACCAGGAGCACGGCAAGCGGCCUCAGUCUGCCGCACACCCCGGGCACAGCCACGGCGGGGGCGGCGGUCAGCAGCACAAGGCAGGCAGGGAGCUGAGGAAGAGGGACGUGGACAGUAACCACAGCCACAGUGACUGCUCCAAUGAGCCAAGCUGUGCACUCUAAAAGGUUGCUGCACCUAAAUUAAAAGAUUAAAAAAAACGGUAUAAAAAAUGUCUAAUCACAGCAUAAAAUCUAUCCCUCUCACACAGUACAGGUCUGCAGAGGAAUCCAGAAUCCAUAGAGAUGUAAAAAAUGUCUUAAAAAGAGCACAGGAGCGUGAACUGUGAAGGGAGAGUGGUAAUUUUUAUGCUGUAUAGUAGUCUGGCUUGGACUGGUCCGUCUGUUAACUGCCUGUUAAGCCUGGCUUCUUAACAUUUAAUGAGGGGUGGGUGAGGGCUGGUGUGUAGAUCUAGGCAGAUUUCCUGUUUCUGAUCUAAGCAUCCACAAAUAGAUAAACUAUUAAAAAAUAUGAUAUUAAAAGACUUUAGUCUGCAUAUCUACUAGUAAAUAUGUUGCUUGUACUCCAGAUACUGUAAAUGAGAGUUCUUCAUGUUCAUACACCCUCCACUGCCUUACUGUCACUCCAUACGCAGAGACAAGCAGGAUAGAGGAGGAUUUUACUGGGUUUUGUUGCAUUUCUAUAGAAACAGCUGAAGUACAGGUAUUUACAGAAUCAACCAAAAACUGUCCAUUCCUUUCUAGUCUGGCUUUAUACCUUCAGCUCUUGCGCCUUUGUUUUACUGUGUGUGUUCAUGGAUAUUAACAUGAUGUAAAAGCUGUAUACACCCAAAUAUGGACAAGUUAUUUUUCCCUAGUGUUUGUUCCCAGCGGAGAAAAAUGUGCUUUCUUCAGCAGGAAUUCAUCAAGGUCCCCAAACACCCGCCUGUCUGAUCAAGGGCAGAUUCUGUCUUUUUAUUUUGCUCUGAGUGAAUAACUCAGAGAAACUGGGGGAUUUCAAUAAAAACAAAGGACAUCACAAGCCAGCAGUUCUUUAGAGUUAGGAAAAAGGACUUUUCUUCAUCUCUGCAUGUCCAAUCGCAGUUUAUUUAAUUAAACUACUCCUUGCUGGGGUAACUAGUUAGAAAGGGAUCAAAACAGACACUUAUUAAACACAAGAUGGAAUAUGGCGGCUAAGAUUAUUGACCUCCAAAAAGUAAUUAUACCUAUUGAUAUCUAUAUAUAUUUACAUCUUAAACACAAACUUUUGUUUGGGAUUUUUAACCAGACCAGGACAGAGAAGUGGUUAUAGUUUUAAUUUUGUUUAACAUUGGGAAACCUAAACGAUAAGUGUGUUGUCACGGAAAGAGGCAAAGAGAUUCCUGCUGGAUAAAUAAAGCUACUACCAGUUCAAAAUUAAUGAUUUAGAUUCAGUGCAGUGCGUCAUUACCAGAAUGAUUACUACCAAUGCAGCUUUGAUUGUUUCUACAGUUAAACCACAUAAAAUCUGUGGGCUUUACUUGUGACACAAGGUUUCUCCUUCUGACGGACUGCUAUAAAGGCAAUUUAAGGGUAUAUUUACUCUAUAGUCCGUUUUCAUUGCAGUUGAAUAUCCGAUUUUCUAAGUUUCCAGUCAGAAAACAACAAAGCUCUUCUUAAAUCCAAAUUCUGACUGACUGGUCAGGAAUUGGCAAGAAACUGUGGCUCGAUCCCAAUACUUCAAUUUGUAGCUCCUACUCCUUUACCUUUCAUGGGGUCAAUAAUAAUAAAGCUGUCCUGGGCAGGAGCCCCAGACUGCUGUGCUGAAUCCAACAGCCCUCAGCCUUAUGCUACUUUCAGACUGCAUGCAGCAAGAGCAGCAAAAACACCCGUGCUGCUUCAUUUUUGAUGCUUGUACAAGUUUAGUUCUAAUGGCUAAAGCAUCUUUGCUGCUUCAGCUUCGCAGUGGAAAGUGGGUCUGAUGCGCGUUGGGCGUAGCUACCCUAUGCUUUCUUUUCCUUGUUACGAUGGCAGCUAUAUUUGCUGUAAUCAGUGGGUAAAAGUUACUUUUAAUGUUUUUAAGUGAGAAAGUCCACCUGAAAACUUUAUCUGUGCAGUUAGUUAAUCAAGAUUACAAUCCUGCCUUCAAAUAUUGUUUCUGCUGGAGCCGCUCAGACCCACAUACCGGUGGAGCUCUGUUACUAGGAACCCAGUUCAACAGCAGCCUCUGGCCCGCUUGCCUCUUUGCUAGUGUUCACAACGGUUAGAAGGCGUUUUUCACAUACGUAAUCUAAAUUGCAGGCACCAGAAUAAUAAAAUCAAACAUAUUUUACCUGCAGGGUUCUACAUUUUAAGUAAAUGUAAGCGUUAAUAAACAGUUUUCAGGUGAGUGAUCACAGCAAUCUGCAUCUGCAGCACUGUGUCCGUCUCCCUUCCAGCUCCAAAUCAGCUCUCCUGAUUGGUUGAUAUGGAGCGUCGAGCAGUAAAAGUUUAACUUUUCCAACUCAAGCAGCUGCUGCUUCUGAAGCGCAUCGCGCGCGUCAGAUGCUCAGAAGCUCACGACGCACUGCUCCUGCUGCUUCAAAGCGCUGCGGGACCUUUUGCAUGCAUGUAAACUAGCUGCCUCUGCUGCUUUAGGUGUGAACGUGGCAUUAGAGCCAACAUUAUAUGAUGGACACGCACAUGAAAGGGGCCGGUCAAAUUGGCACCAUAACCUAACUACAAAAAAUAUAUAAUAUGAUAUGUAAUAUAAGCACUACAAAAAACAAAUGUAACAACAUUUUUUGGGAAUGACUGAAGCUAUCCAUUACAAAACCCCAAAAAUAUGAAGGUGAGGACAUACAUGUGUCACACAGAGUACAUGUAAAAAAAAUAAUGUUUUUAUGGGUCUUACCAUAAUGCCAAAGGUUUGUUGGCAAGCGCACAGCUUCUAGGCAGUGGCUAGGAACAUCAGGAUCUCCUGGCUUCUUUCUAACAGGCAGCACUAUUCAGAAAGCUGCUAUUAUGGUGACUGCAGGAGCACUUUCACCAAGGUUUAAGUGUCAGUACCGAUUUGAGGUCUUCAGAUUGAGCCAAUGCUUGAGAACAUAGUUACAUGCAGGGACUGUAAAGAAAUUUCCAGUGUUAGCUAUUUAGCUGCUUAAAUCUUAUCAAAUCAAUCACACACAGUGCUAUAUAGGAUCUAAAUGUGAACAUUUCCUUGAAAAUCUCUUGUAAAAUGGAGGGGAAAAGUUGCAAUCGUCUUUUUAUUGCUCAUACUAGUUAGCACCAAAAACAAUCAGCAAGUUUAGCUCUUGGUUUUAAUAGCUGCAAA